CGGUAAGGGAGCGCCCAGGGGCCGCGGCGGCGGCGGCGAGCAGGCCGGACGCCUCGUCGCUGCCGGGCUGUCCCCGCACCCCGGAGCCGGCCGGAGCGGGGGCGCGCGCGGGCAGCGGCGGCGGAGAGGGCGCGGGCCGCGAGGGACGCAGGAAUGUUGGUAUUUGGUGAACAUGAACAAACAACCGCACGACCAGGAAUAUGGGGACAGAAAUGUAAAGGGACCCUGUGUGGAGCUGCAUCCAGAUUUCAUUAUGCAUCAGAAAAAUGAAAAAACAGAGGAAAUUUUUAUGGAGAAAAGGAAUUCACCUUGCCUUUUCUGAAAAAUGGAAUACAGGAUUUGGAGGUUUUCAGAAGUUUUACUUUCACCAACACUUGUGCAUUGUGAAGGCCACCUUGGGGAGGCCCAUUAGUUGGUGCGGUCUGCUGAGAGCUUCCCAGGGCAGAAGGAAGGCCCUCCGACUCCAGAAUACGUGGAUUCAGGUUGAACCUCCUUUCACAAAGAUAAAGUCUACCGCAGCUGCUCAAAAUGUUAGCACAUUGUCCUCUAAGGUGAAAAGAAAAGACACAAGACACCUCAUCGCUUCCCCGAGGACCCUCCUGAAGCUCCAGGCGGAGAAGUUGCUGGCCUCGGUAGGGAACUCUGGCCAUGAGUACUGCGGGGAGGACUGUCUCCCGAAGGCUGUUGCUGACGGGCCAGCAAGUAGCGCUUUAGGCCGGGCCAACGGUCACCGACCUUGGACAGGGCCACGUGCUUCUGAGUUUCCCAUGAAGUUCAUUGGGGAGAGCCAGAGGCCCGGGGAGAGCGGCACGAUCGUGGUGACGUUGAGCAACCAGAGGAGAAAGCGCUUUUGUUACGGCUGUUACCACCACAGGAAUGGGGGGUCUCUGAUUCCAAAAAGGUUCCCACUUAACCAUCAUCGAAGAACAAAAUUAUCUCUUAUGAUGUAUGAUAAAUUAUCCAUGAUCAGAUUUCGGUACAGGAUUCUCAGAUCCCAGCAUUUCAGAACAAAAAGCAAAGUUUGCAAGCUGAAGAAGGCCCAGCGGAGCUGGGUGCAGGUCACUGGAGACCACCCAGAGACCCCGCGGGAGACGGGCGAGGGGCGCAGCUGCAGCCCUAAAGACCCUUCCUGCCGGCCUCAGUCGUCCUGCCCAGAUAUGGACAGCGAUGCUGCGGUGCAGGGCAGGAGCUCUCCCGCGCCCGACGGCCCCGCCAAGGGAAACUCUCCCCUGGGCAAGGAGCUCGGGGUAGACGGAACGUUCCCCGCCCCACAGAACGGCAGCGCCACGUGUGGCUGGGACAGGUCACCCUCUCCCUCGCCCGGGUGGGAGUGCACAGAGAUGCUUCCUGGCACCCCCUUCCCAGAGCACCAGGCGAGUGACAUGCUCAUCUCGGAAACUGAACGGGAGGUCCAGGCCCCGGACCAGGAAAUUCGGACGAGUGUCGUCACCGACGACGACAGAGGUCAGCUGCCUGUGUCCGGGCCAGAUGAGUCUGUGCGCGGUGUCAACGGGCCCGGGGCUGACGAGCCUGUGGAGAUUGAGGGCGCCUGCCAGAUGGAGGAGGCUGGGUCUCUGAAGCAGAACAUCCUGAGCUCCGAGUUGCUGGACCACCCUUACUGUAAAAGCCCACUGGAGGCUCCUCUCUCGAGCAGCGGGCUCAAACUAGAGAACCAGGUGGGCGGUGGGAAGAACAGUCCAAAGGCCUCGCCUGUGGAUGACGAGCAGCUGUCCAUCUGCCUGUCUGGAUUCCUGGAUGAGGUUAUGAAGAAGUAUGGCAGUCUCGUCCCACUCAGUGAAAAAGAUGUACUUGGACGAUUGAAAGAUGUCUUUAAUGAAGACUUUUCAAAUAGGAAACCAUUUAUCAAUAGGGAAAUAACAAAUUAUCGGGCCAAACAUCAAAAAUGCAACUUCCGCGUCUUCUACAAUAAGCACAUGCUGGAUAUGGACGAUCUUGCAACCCUGGAUGGUCAGAAUUGGCUGAACGACCAGGUUAUUAAUAUGUAUGGUGAGUUGAUAAUGGAUGCAGUCCCUGACAAAGUUCACUUUUUCAACAGCUUUUUUCAUAGACAGCUUGUAACCAAAGGAUAUAAUGGAGUGAAAAGAUGGACUAAAAAGGUGGAUUUGUUCAAAAAGAGUCUUCUGCUGAUUCCAAUCCACCUGGAAGUCCACUGGUCUCUCAUUACUGUGACUCUCUCUAAUCGAAUUAUUUCAUUUUAUGAUUCCCAAGGCAUUCAUUUCAAGUUCUGUGUAGAGAAUAUAAGAAAGUAUUUGCUGACUGAAGCCAGAGAAAAAAAUAGACCUGAAUUUCUUCAGGGUUGGCAGACUGCUGUUACAAAGUGUAUUCCACAACAGAAAAAUGACAGUGACUGUGGGGUCUUUGUGCUCCAGUACUGCAAGUGCCUCGCCUUAGAGCAGCCUUUCCAGUUCUCCCAAGAAGAUAUGCCCCGCGUGCGGAAGCGGAUUUACAAGGAACUGUGUGAGUGCCGGCUCAUGGACUGAAGCCAGCAGGGGCUCUAGGAGGUCUGACCAAGUUGGAGCAGAUGGUUCGUUACUUGAAUCUCCACUUAUUUGAAUUUUUACAGAGAUUUCAGAUCGGUGGUAUUGGGCCACUAUUGUUACCUCAAAUUUUAUUUUAUUUUUUGCCCUUACUCAUUACUCUAGUUACCAUGUACUAUUUUUUAUGUUCAGUUUUAUUUCAUUUUUAAUUUUAUGGAUUCCGUGUGUUCCCCACCCCUCAUAUUUAAUAUUUAUUAUCCAAGCGCAUGCAUAUAGACAGAGCAUGCAGUGCAGAGUAUUAAAAAAAAAGCAGCCUAGUAGAUUUGGUGCAGCUUUUGAAACUUAGAUGUGAAUUGAUAACAGGUUUUAAAUUUAAAUCCAGAACCUAAAAAUACCGGAUGUUUUUGAUAACGUGUAAUUCUAAGAAUAGAUGUUCCCUGGGGCCUAAGUGGUUUUGACUAGUCCAGUACUGUCUUACCAGCAGCACCUUUCACUGACUUCCCUCUCACAUGAGACUUGGCGAGCGAGUGCACCCCUUCCUCUUGGAGGAUGCGAAGGGACUACUGCAUUGUUCCUGGAGGCAUUCUGUGAGGACAGUGCCCGCAUGGAAAGAGCUGAUUAAGGUUUGAGGGACGACAACUUGGGGGCCAGUUAUCUUAACAUGAGAGAUCUCAGUCUUCUUAAGAAGAAGGGUGAUAAAUGCCUAAUCUUAUAAAGGCUUUUGCUUAGAAUUCCCUGCAUUUUUCUGGGUUUGGCCUAUUAAAAACUUAACAUCCAUCAAGCUAGUAGUGGUCAAAUGAAAAUUCAGCCUAAGAAUUUUUUGCAAGCUGUUGCUUGUGUUGCCACUCAUGUGGAAGAAAUGAAGAUUUACCAAGUACUUCUAUUUCAAGAGUAUUUCAGAUGUAAACAUUCAGAACAAAGACUAACUUCUGGCCUUUUGUUGUGGGGGAAAGGAGAGAGGGAAGGUUGGUUAGGAUUCGACUCCACUGGAGUAUAAGCAGCUGUUUUAUUAGCUUUCCCUCCCUCCCUCAUCUGUUCAGGGGUCCUGGCGACACGCAGGCUGCCUCUAGUCUCUGUGACACACUCCCACAAGGGAGUUCUUUCGCUUCUUUCUAUGCAUCUCAUCUGGAGAAAGGCAGAAGCGGCUCUGUCCUUACACUUAGCUGCUUUAGGGUGAAAGUGCAUCUUUAAUUUACCUUUUUGUGUUAUUUGAAAAGGGAAAUGAGGAAAGAUGCAUGUUAAACCUGCUCAAUUUUCUAAACCAAGGCAGGUAAAAUAAGUGUGUAUAUAAGCAACUUGGGGCUUGUACAGAAAAAUACCAAGUAAAUGUCAGAAGAUACUUGGAUUUAUGCUCAAUGAGGUGUGGGGCAUUGGGAGUUUUUAAAAAAAGGAAAAGAAAAAAAAAGCUCAAACCUGCAGUUCAACUGACCAGAAGGCUGACUGCUGGCAGUGAGGGUGGAGUCAGAACAUGUUUACAUGCAGGGUUCCUGCCCCAGACAUUCCAGCACCAACUCCAGUGUUUACAUUGUAAACAACCACCCCCCACCCACCCCAACAUUUUCCUAAAUUCCCAGGCUCUACUAGUAUGAAACCAGGUCAGUAUUUCUUACUGUGCUUCAGGUCCUUCAGUAGGCUGAGAUUAGAGGCACUUCUUGCUGCUACAGGUAGGGGGCAUGUCAGCUUUAGGGAAGAUAAUUUACAGAGGGGAAGAGUGUCUUAAAGAGUUUCAGAUAUAAUUAUGCAACAUGCAAUUUUUCAAAUCUGUGAGAAGCAUUAGCCCAAUUUUAUGUUUUGUAGCUAUUCAGAGUGGCCAGUAAUAGGCUGUUAUCCAGACUGUCUUGUACUUUAGAAUUCAUACUGUAUAUCCUCACCGAUAGAACCAGGCAUGCAGCGACAUGAAGAAUAGUGUGCUGGCAAGAACCUUCCAUGUCAAUGCCCAGAGCUUGACUUGCUGUCUCCUGCUAUCUGAGAGCUGGUCCUCCACUCAGCACAAAGCAGGGGUGUGCAGAGGGCCUGGGCUGAGCAGUCCCAGGCCUGUGUCAUAGGGCACCUGGAGGUACAUUAGUCUAAAUGUUGGAUGUUUUAAUGUUUCUGUCAUGCAAGGAUCUGGGUCUUAGCACACACACACACACACACACACAGUGGCUUUCCCCCUCUCGUGAUUUAGCUCUAGACCUCGAUUUAGGUCUUUGUACUGAUUAACUGCUUCCCUGCAACAAAGACAUUUUGGAAGUACAGUCUGGACCACUGGUGGGAGAGACUUGGCACUGAACUACCAGAGUGCCCACAGGUGGGCAGACCUUACUGCUUUUCAGGUUGCGUGCAGGCCUCACACAAACUAAAAGCUGUUUAUGAUGUGCCUUCAACAAGCUGUUCCGUUCUCUCCAUCAGCAAACUCUGCAGGCGAGACUUCUUUCCAGUGAUGUCUCCUUUCUCCUUUUGUUAAAUCUAUAGCAAUGAAUGUAGAUUUAAUUCAACUUUUAGUUAAGUUCUGAAUCUCAAGGAUUAUAAAGAAACUGACUUCGAAAGGGAAAAGGCAGCAGUUGCUGCCAAAUGAUCCCCAAGUCCCUUUUUUAAAAAAUUUAACAUUUUAUUUUCUAUGUAUCAUUGAACAAAAGUAAUGCUGGUGAUCUUGAAUUCAUAGUUGGAACAAAGAGUAACAGAUCCAACUGGGACACAUCCAGCAUCGGCUUAAGUUGAACUGCCCACCCCCUCCCUGCAUCUGUGCUUCCUGCGAUUAGGAAAGGUAACUGGGGCUCUGGCCUUGGCAGACCCUUCAGGCAAGAAACGGUAUUAAUGGUGUGAAUCAGAUAUACUGACAACCUGCUCUGCUUAAUUAUGUCAAGAAACUGAACUAAUCAGCAACGAGAAGCACUUGCUUUGUUACGUGCUCAGCUCUGCCUCUUGGCCUGUAGAUAAUUAAGAUGACCUAGGAAGUACCAUCAGAGAAGUGCUUAUUCUUUGAGUGUUACAAAAGCAGAUCAUACAAGAUGUUCACUUAAAUGCUAUCUCUGGUCAGGAAAAAAAUUUAUUUAAAGAUUGUGAUCAUGUAAAAUUAAUCGAACCUUCUAGCAAAAAUAUUUUUUUGAAAAAUAAAACUAAAUGCCUUUAUAAAUGUG